AUGACAUCGUUUAAUACAACACCAACAAAUACAAAAAGAUUUUCUCAGAUCAGAAAUGUACGUCAAGGUAGUGUUAUUGACUUGGAUAUUGACAUGUUUCUCAAGAUAUCAAAUUAUGAAGAUACAGUCAGACAGUUAGAUAUCUAUUAUGGAAUUGUUAAAAGACAAUUGUUACGUUAUCAAAGUUGCAUAACAGGUCUUUUUCCACAAAUUUCAAAUGAUGAAACAGUUGGAAGUGUGAGAGAAAGUAUUUAUUGUGCUGCUGCUAUAUGGAGUUUGUAUCAAGCAUACAGACGUAUAGAUGAUGAUCGUGGAAAAUCUUAUGAACUUGGACAAUCAGCUGUAAAAUGUAUGCGUGGAAUUUUAGAAUGUUGGGUAAAACAGUCACCUCGAAUAGAAUUAUUUAAACGCAAUCAAUGUAUUCGUUUUGCAUUACAUUGUAAAUUUUAUUUAGACACUGGUGAUGAAAUUUUUAAAGAUGCAGACUACAACCAUUUGCAAAUUGAUAUUGUUUCCCUAUAUUUGAUAUUUUUGGUUCAAAUGAUCUCUUCAGGAUUGCAAAUUAUAUAUACUCAAGAUGAAGUGGCAUUCAUACAAAAUCUUGUCUAUUAUGUAGAAAGAGCAUAUCGUACACCAGAUUAUGGCAUGUGGGAACGAGGUAGUAGAUAUAAUGAUGGUACUCCCGAAAUACAUGCAAGUUCAAUUGGUAUUGCUAAAAGUGCUCUUGAAGCUAUUAAUGGAUGUAAUUUAUUUGGGGAAAAAGGAGCUUCUUGGUCAGUCAUAUAUGUUGACAUUGAUGCUCAUAAUCGAAAUCGUAGCAUUUUUGAAACAAUGCUUCCAAGAGAAUCAAGUUCUAAGAGUGUAGAUGCAGCUUUAUUGCCAACAGUAUCUUUUCCUGCAUUUGCCACUCAUGAAGAAGUAUUAUAUAACGAGACAAAGGCAAACAUAGUUAGAAGAUUAAAAGGCAAUUAUGGAUUUAAAAGAUUUGGUAGAGAUGGAUAUAAAACAACUAUAGAAAACAAAGAUCGACGAUAUUACAAAUCUGGUGAAAUCAAGGAGUUUGAUAAUAUAGAAUGUGAAUGGCCAUUAUUUUAUAUAUUUAUGAUCAUUGAUGGUGUUUUUAAAACCUUACCAGAACAAGUAGAAGAAUAUCAGAAUUUGUUAAAAGAACGAAUGUAUAAAGAUGUUAAUGGGGAUCCAGUAAUACCUAUGUAUUACUAUGUACCUGAAGAAAAUUUAGAAGCAGAAAGGAAUGAUCCUGGUAGUACCUAUCGAGUACCAAGUAAUGAAGGAAGAGGGCAAAAAAGUACUGCAGAUACAGAACUUGGACCUAUGUAUUUGUGGAAUCAAGCUAUGUUUAUAAUUGCUCAACUACUUACUGCUGGUUUAUUACAUAUUAAUGAAUUAGAUCCAAUUAGGCGUUAUCUUCCUUCAUACAACAGACCACGAAAAGCUGGAAGGUAUUCAGCUUUUCAAGCUAAACCAAGUAUUGGUACUCAUACUGAUCUUGUAGUACAAAUCGUCCUUAUUGCUGAAUCUAUGCGAUUACAAGCUAUGAUGGCAACAUAUGGUAUACAAACCCAGACACCACAUGAAGUAGAACCUGUACAAAUAUUAUCAUCUAUGCAAUUAGUAAAAGUUUAUGAAAAAUUGGGAGUGAAUAAUAAAUUAAAUUUACAAGGCCGACCUGCAAGACCAAUUGGAUCUUUGGGUACAAGUAAGGUUUAUAGAGUGUGUGGUAUGACGGUGCUCUGUUAUCCAUUAAUAUUUGAAGUGUCAGAAUUUUACUUGUAUAGAGAUAUGGCUCUAUUAAUUGAUGAUAUUAAAACUGAGCUUCAGUUUGUAGGUAAAUACUGGCGACUUUCAGGUCGACCUACUGUAUGUCUUUUAAUACGGGAAGAACAUAUGAGGGAUCCACAAUUUAAGGAAAUGCUUGAUCUUUUUGCUAUGUUAAAAAAGGGAUAUUGUGAUAAAACGAAAGUACGAAUUGGUCGAUUACAGAAUCUAAUUUCAUCUUCGUGUAUUGAACAUUUGGACUUUAUAAAUACCAUAGAAACAGAUCUUGAACUUACUCAAUUUAAGCAACUGGAACAUGAUUAUAUCGGAUAUCAAAGUUUGACAGAUGUACCUAAAGCUUUAACAUACACAGAAAGCAUAAAAGAUUAUUCUCAUUGUAUGAAUGAACCAUUGUACAAUAUAUUAAACGAAAUUCGUAACAAUAAAAGUUUAUAUACUUUGUGUCAACUUUAUGGUAUUUUAUUGAAACGUGAAGGAAUUAAUUAUGAAAUUAAUGGAAUAACAGUUGGAGACCAUUUGAGAUCACUAUAUCAACAAGCUGGGUGUCUUAGAUAUUGGAUGGUUGUUCGUUAUUGUAGUAGUUUAUUAAAUCAUACUGUUGAUAGCAUAAGUCCUUUUAUAACAGGAGUUCUUGUUAAAGGAAAACAGAUAACAGUUGGAGUAAUUGGACAAGAAGAAACAGUAUUUGAUAAACCGAUGACACCUACAGAAAUUCAAUCAGUUAUGUAUUCUACAAUUCAACCACAUAAUGUAGUUCAGUCAGUACUUCAACAAGAAGUUCUAUUAUACUGUGGUCGACUUAUUGGAACAAAUCCAGAAAUGUUUAAAGGAAUAUUGAAAAUUCGUAUUGGAUGGGUAUUAGAAGCAAUAAAACUUUAUUUACAAAUGUUUGUUAAAAACCCAAAACCAAUUGAAAAUUAUAGUCCAUACGAGAUUCGUCGAUUUCUCAUAAAAGUGUUGACGGUUAAAGACUGGGCCAGUAAUGAGAAACUUACAGUGUUAGGACGCAGAAAAAUUGAAGGUUGUUUAUGUAGAGUUCCUGCACAUUUUUAUAAUCACGUAUGGGAAGUGUUAAUGCGUUGCCCAGAUGGUAUUUGUGUUAAUGGACGAGAAUUACCCCAACAACCUACUCUGUCUAAUAUGACACGUUCAGAACUUACUUUCGCUUUGUCUGUAGAAUCCUUACUUCAUCAUAUACAAUUGCCAGAAUAUCGUCAAAUUAUUGUAGAGUUACUGACUAUUGUGUCAACAACUUUACUUCGAAAUCCAGAGUUAAGUUUUCAGAAACAAUUGAAUCUUAAUAAACUUGUUGAAGAUAGUUUCCUCAUGUAUUGUAAGGAUCAUAACUUGGAGGAAACCACUGAUCAAUUAUUAUUUUUCUCUGCUCACUACUCAAUAACUACAGGAUAUCUUGCUAGAGCUGUAGUUAAUAAUAUGCUUACUGGAGGAUGUUUUGUAACCAUUAAUGAUAUUAAUGAUGCAAUUGAAAAUAGAGAAACUUGCAAGAUUACAUAA